UCUGUUGCAUCGUAUAAUGAUAUCAUCCCUGUUGUUAUCCACAAAAGUCUCACGUGCUACUGGGCUCCAGACCUUUCUAUUACCAGUUGUUUGGAACACUAGUGGCAAACUUUUCGUUUUUAGAAAGUUCAGUACUCUUUCUUUUCGUGUCUCAGUGAAUGGGAAAACUUGUCAGCACUUUGGAAGAAACCGAAAGAGACAACUCUUGUUACACUGCUGCUUAUCGUCCGAGGCUGUUGUCAAUCUGAACUUAAGUGAAGUUCCUUCCUCUUCGAAUAUCCCUCCAGCCAUAUUGGAGAAAACCAGAGAAAGACUCCACCUCAGACCAAAUCAUCCGCUUCAUAUUUUGAAGAAAAUGAUAGAAAACAGUAUCGAAGAUAUGCAUCCAAGGGAAUUUUCUUUCUUUGAUGACUUACCUCAACUUGUUUCCACUAAAGACUGUUUUGAUGAUCUUUUAGUAGACUGGGACCAUCCAAGCAGAAGAUAUACCGACACAUACUAUUGGGAUGAGCACCACGUGCUGCGUACUCAUAUGACAGCCCAUGAUACAACUUUAUUAAGAGCUGGAAAGACAGCGUUUGUAUUGACGGGUGACGUAUAUCGUCGCGACAGUAUCGACAAGUCUCAUUAUCCAGUAUUUCAUCAAGUAGAUGCCGUUAGGAUAUUUGAUGCAAGUGCCAGUCAAAGUGAAGAUAAAAUUAUUGCUGACUUGAAGAACACUCUCGAAUCUCUGGCAAAGAACAUAUUUCAAAGAGAGGUCACGAUUCGUUGGGUGGAUGGUGAGUUUCCGUUUACUUAUCCCUCAUUUGAGAUGGAAGUAUUUUGGAAUGGAAAUUGGCUUGAGCUCUUAGGUUGUGGUCUCUUGAAAAGAGGAGUUUUGGAUGCUGGACAGGUUGACAAGGAUUCCAAAGGUUGGGCUUUUGGUUUGGGUUUGGAGCGAUUGGCUAUGGUCCUUUUUGAAAUUCCAGACAUUCGAUUGUUUUGGUCAAAAGAUGAGCGCUUCCUUCAACAGUUUCGAGACGGGACAAUCACGAAAUUCAAACCUUAUUCCAAAUAUCCGUCGUGUUAUAAGGACGUUACCUUUUGGCUUAGCGAUAAAUUUCACGAAAACGCUUUUUAUGAAUUGGUUCGCUCCAUUGCUGGUGAUACAGUGGAGGAAGUUACUUUAUUGGACGAGUUUCAUCGCAACAACAAAACAUCGCAUUGUUAUCGAAUCGUAUAUCGUUCAAUGGAUCGUUCCUUAACAAAUGAUGAGGUUGAUGAAAUACAAGAUAAGAUACGUGAAGAAGUGGCACGUCGAUUGGAAGUUAUUUUGAGAUAAAAAAUUUUAGUUUAUUACUUAC